AUAGUUUUAUGAUAUUCAUAGUAGAGUAACUGUGGUCUGAGGCUGUGAUACAUGAUCCACCCCUACAUUGCUGAUAAAAGCAAUUCAAUUCAGGGCUGUUAUGGCUGAAGGAGGUGAAAGUGCAAAAGAUGUGUUUAAAGAAGCAGUACCAGAGCUUACAAAAAUACUUGGGAGGGAUCCACCUUUUACCACUGUCACUGAAUCUCUUAAUGCUAAGAAUUUGAUUACAGAUGAUGAGCUUCGUGCUGUAAAAAGACAAGGCUUAACAGAACAUCAAAGAGGGAGUGAAGUGGCUGAGAAGCUAAAAAACAAGAUAGGGGACAGUGACGACCCUGAUGGAUGCCUACUCAAAAUAUGUGAUGUAUUUGAAUCUGACACUGUAGACUAUCCUACAUUAAAGGACUAUGGAGCAAACAUGAGGAAGAGCAUUUCAAAUCAAAGCAGACAAACAUCAGGAGUCAAUAAAGGUAUAUAUAAUUUACUUUUUAUACUAAAUUAA